AUGGCUCUAUUUAGCUCCACGCAGCGUGUGGUACUGAUUGCUACGGCUCUUCGCCUGGUCAUGCUCGUCUAUGGUGGCUGGCAGGAUGCCAACUCUGCCAUGAAAUACACCGACAUUGACUAUAUGGUGUUCACGGAUGCAGCGCGCUACGUCUCGAAGGGUGAAUCUCCAUAUGCACGAGAUACUUAUCGCUAUACACCCCUUUUGUCCUGGAUUCUAGUCCCUACAGCUUGGGAGGGACCUUGGUCAUCGCUGACUUUUGCUUUCGGCAAAAUCCUUUUCGCCUUGGCUGAUGUCUUUGCCGGAUGGUUGGUCGUGCAGCUCCUAACUCAAAGCUAUAAGCUCCCCACCGAGCAGGCAUUGCGUUAUGUGGCGACUGCCUGGUUGUGGAAUCCGAUGGUUGCAAACAUUAGCACUCGUGGUAGUUCCGAGGGUCUGCUCGGUGUACUUGUAGCAGCCUUGUUGUGGGCCACUCUGGCCCGCAGAGCAGUCCUAGCGGGUUUUAUCCUAGGUAUUGCUGUGCAUUUCAAGAUUUACCCGUUUAUCUACGGGGUCUCGAUUCUGUGGUGGUGGGAUGCUGAAAGGGACGGUGCUUCUCCACCCAGCAAGUCUGAUGUCAUCUCAACAGUCGUGCACUUUAUUACCAUUUCUCGAGCCAAACUAGUAAUUACAGCACUCGCCACUUUUUCUGCAUUGAAUUUGGUCAUGUAUACACAGUACAGAAUGCCGUUCCUCCAGCACACCUUUUUCCACCAUGUCACCCGCAUCGAUCAUCGCCACAACUUUUCUCCAUACAGCACUCUUUUAUAUCUGACUGCAGCCGGUGGUACCGAUUCUCAUUUUGAGGCUCUUGCCUUCUUGCCUCAACUUCUUCUUGCGGUGAUUGCUAUUCCAAUAAUCCUCGCAAAGAAGAGCCUUACGACCGCCAUGCUUGUGCAGACUUUUACCUUUGUUACUUUCAACAAAGUCUGUACCAGCCAAUACUUCCUAUGGUACCUUAUUCUGCUUCCAUUCUACUUGCCUUCAUCUUCGCUUAUUCAACGGCCUGUAUUGGGAAUCUCGGCAGCCCUUCUAUGGGUACUCGGCCAGGCUCUCUGGCUUUCUCAAGGCUACAAUCUUGAAUUCCUUGGUCUAUCUGUGUUUGUACCGGGCUUGUUCCUGGCAUCGCUGUCAUUUUUUGCUGUCAAUGUUUGGAUUAUCGGCAUCAUUGUUCGUGAUGGAGGCCAGAGUUUGGAGGUAAAUGCUAAAUAG